UAUCGUCUUCACCGCACAGUAAAAGAAAGAAGUCUUCAACUUUAAAAGAACGCAGUUUGAAGAUGAGGCAACUUAUAGCUCUAGUUUUAUUUUCCAAUUUAGCUAUAUGUAAAUGCAGUGAAUUCGAAGCCGAGUCACCUCUUGAUCGAGGUAUGGAAUGUUUAGAUUCACGUUAUGAUUUCACUUCUUUGAAAGCAGUUAGAAUGAAUGUUUUGAGUGACUCUGCCUUGAAUUUGAAUUUUUCAGGCUGGGGAGAAAAGAUAGAAUGGAAAACUUUGGAAGAUGGUUUGAAAGAAGCAAAAAAGAGGUAAAUAACUGAGUUAUUUUAAUGAUGAAUGAAACGAAAAGAUUGGAGUGAAGAAUAAAACAAAACAGUGUUUUGAGGGGCGCUCUUUCUGAUCAGUAGAAAUGUUGCAAAUCGAUCAUGAAACAAUUACCGUAUGAAUGAAAACGAAGCACUCAGAUUCUUAUGUUUUACAUCUACUUUCGAAAAGUAUAUCGGAUAGUUGAUGUGUAUAUCGAAAUUCGAAACAUACAAAGGAGCAUUCUAUCAAAUCCGUGGUGAGAUUUUAAUUAAGGAAAAUUUGCAUUUGGUCUAAAUGAAUUGGCUAACAUCUUUAUUCGAGCUUUAUGGAAAUCAGUCCCUAGUCUCUGUUUAUUCUCAUCACAAAGUCUGUUUUGAAGUUAGAAGGAAUUAAAAUUGAAGUCAGUGGAACUCAGAGCAUAGGAGAUGUCCUCAGUCACGUGGUAUUAAAUCGUAAUAAAGCUACAUUAUAUAGAGUCUGGCAGAAGAACUCAACAACUUCAGUUACGGUUACGACAAGUUUUCAUGUGCAAGUACGCUUCUAUUUGAUUGAUUCACUGUUAGUAGCUGACAUGGAGUAAAAGAGAAACUCUCUGUUUGAUAGUUGUUUUAUGAUUUAUAAACACAACGAAUUCUUUGUUUAGUUAAGCAAGAGCUGUAGAUGUCAACUUUUGACUUGCGACAUUUUGCGACGACAGGUUGUUCCAUUAUCUAUACGGUAGAUCAUAGAAUAACAAUGGCUAUAAUCAGGAAAUAAAAGUCUUUUGCAAGUCGUUUCUCUUAGAUUGUGCCAUAGUCAUUUCUUCAAAUCGAAAAAUUUCCCAAAACUUGUUAUGGCGAAGAGAGGCUCCAUUUCAAACUCAGAUCUAAAAGGCUGAUACAUUUUUAUGAUAAACGUAUAAGGAUGCUCUGAUAGACUACUUGCUCACAUCUACCUUCUAUCGAUGCGGCUUACGUCGUUCAUGUGUAAUUGUAACUCUCCAAUUUUCUUAGAUUACCACGCUUUGCUUACACUAAAUCACUAAAACUUGACAAAUACAAUUCCUCCUUUCACAGUGAUAAGCCACUAAUGCUGUUGAUUUACAAGACCUGGUGUGGAGCCUGUAAAGGUAAAAUAUUUUCUCUACUUUGUUGCUGAAUUAUAAAAAUAAGGUAAAGCGAAAAUAUGAUUUAAACUCUUCAUCGAAUGGAAAUAUACUUCUUUUCGAAUAGAAAAUCAUGGAAAUAGUAAAAACACCGUGCCAAUUUUUCCAAAUAUUUCUGAUUUGCUUUUGUUAUGUGUUAUGAACUACUAAAAUUAGCAAUGUUCUGGCUAAGUGUUUAGUAGUUGUUUAGGCCUGUUAGAUUAUCUUGCAAUCCUUGUGUGAGUCUUGCUAGCGUUGGUUUGCAAGUUAUGCGCGGCAAGACCACACAAUUAUUUCUUAUCUUUUCUGUGAUGUGUCCUUGACCGUUGUAAUGGGAAUUGAUUCUCGUACGAUAGUCCUCAUCCCUAGUCGUGUUUGGGUUUGCCCUUGCCUUUGCUUAAAGUUUUUCUUAAGUUUUUUUUUCUCUCGAAGACUGAUUGUUUUCAAGUACUUUGUUGUUCAUUUUGUAUGUCUCGUAACAUUGUUUGGGUUAGCGUUCUCAAAAUAUGUUUACUCUUGCGAGGUCAGUCGUACCUUAAGUCCAAACAUGCCCACUGAGAGAUCACUAAGGGCUGAAUUAAAGAGACAGAGACAGAGACUCAAAGAGUGAAUAAAAGUUCCUGAUCAGACUCCUUGGGUCGCUUAUUUAAACGAGAUCUAACCCAAACCGCGGUUUUACGAAAGCAGUGGGCCUCGGUGAUUCUCCAUAAGAGGGUUGAUUUCGUUUAAAUAGAUGUCCGUCUACCAUUCGGUUUCGGCUUGUUGACGCUGUUCACAAAAAAUUGAUCCUUAGGUAAAAGAUUCGGCUAAACUGAAGAUGGCUUAGAACGGGGUUUUGUUAAACGACGGCUAAACUUUGUUUGAAUAACCGGCCCCUUGUGUCUUGCAAUUAUGCGGGAAUUGAUCAAGCUGGUUAACUUUAACAGUCCAACAUUUGCUUCUUAUUCUCAGCGUUGAAACCCGACUUCGCGAAUUCGCAAGAAAUUGCAGAUCUGAGUAAACAUUUUGUGAUGGUUAAUGUAGAGGUAAGUUCGAGAGACUUGAAAAAAAUUAGAAAGAAUUUGAAGGGGACUUGAAUCGAUCUCCCUGUUUCUUGAAACCCACUGUUUGAUGGAUUGAUAAUGACAGACUCCAAAAUCCAAAUGUGGCUGACAUUAAAUAAACAACUUAAGGUGAUUUUGUUAAAGGAAAAAACUACGGUAACCAUAGUUACACCAAACCUCUGAGGAACACAUCUCAUUUUGGCUUAGUGAAAGCCACUCAUUCCCGUUUUUCAAAAUUUGAAAUCAUCAAGUUAGAAGAAACAUUGAUCUAUAGAAUAACAAGUUGGUGAUGAUUUCAAAUGUCAUUGUGAAUCUACCCUAAAUGUGAACAAUUAGGGGCACUUUCAGGCCCAUAUAUAUAUAUAUAUAUAUAAAUCAUACGUUGAUGUAUACUGUAUGUCUAUAAUUCACAUGGUCUUUCACUAAUGAAUAAUUGAUUUUUGCCGUAGGAUGAAGAGGAGCCAAAGGAGGAAAAAUACCGCCCAGAUGGAAGAUAUAUUCCUAGGAUCUUGUUUUUGUGUAAGCUUCGAGUUAGUUUCUGGAAACAUAGAGUAGUUUUCUCAGCGACCAAUCAGAAAGAGGUUUACACCGUCAUACGCCAAUGAGAGAUCACAAUCAAAAUAAGCAAACUACUUGAAGCGCGGGAAAACGCGAAUGAAAAAGUUGCAAUUGUUUUUAGUUUUGCAUCUGAUUGGUUGGGAGGAGGGCGCAAGUUUUCUGGACCAAUCACAUGGCAAAAUAAAGAAGAACCAGAGCAACCCUGAUUACUUUCGACAUCCAAUCGAAAAUGACUUAAUAGGAGUGAAAUUUCAUUGGGUGGAUUUUGAAUUGAAGUUUGUCUAGUUAUUUUUCCGAUUCUACCAUUUGAAAUCACAACUUGAAAUUGGUGCAGCUGAGUGCAGUAAUUUAAAACUCUGUCUUUGUUUUUUAGCUGCAGAAGGAGAGGUCAUGAAAGAAUUUUACAAUGAAAACGGGAAACACAAAGAAACUAAGUACUACUAUGGGAAAACCUCUGAGAGUAAGUGAAGAAAAAAGUGUGGGGAUCUGAUCAUUGUCAAUAUGGGAACUUGACUGUUUGUUUGUUUGUUUGGUUUGUCUUUCACAGUUAUUGACAGUAUGAAGUCAGUCCUGAAAAAGACCAAAGGGAGCGAUGUACUGAAGGAAAUUGAAGAACCAGCCGUAAAAAGCAAUCCUCUUGCAAGAGGUAAGAAGAACGUCGACAUCAGCUGCUGACAAAUACUUUAGCACACUCCUAUUAAGUUUAUUUGAUCAAAAUUGGUAAAGCUGGCUAUGAGAUCAGUGAAAACAAAGGCCAAAAUCAUAAGAGGCCGAAGGGAAAUCGAAUUAAAACAAACAAAUUUCUGUAAGCGCGCGAAACCGUAAAUGAAAAAGUUGCUAUUAGUGGUGACUGGUUGAGAGGGAAUGCGGCGCGAGUUUUCUCAACCAGUCACAGGGUUAAGUACAGUACAUGGACAAUGCAACUAGGGGUAAUAUUUUUUUCAAUGCCAGAGUGAGAAUUGGCCUAAUGCAAUUGAUAAGGAAUACAACAAUAGCUGAGUUUACAAUAAAAUUUCUCCCUUCGGUCGCACAGGUUUUGGAGACCGUAUAGACUGGGUGACGUUCGAAGAUGGAUUAAAGCAAAUUAAACAGAGGUAAAUACGUAUUCUUGAACUACGUCCAUUUUCCUUUCAUCAAUGUUUACUUUGGGAGAACUGAAGUUCCUUUUUUUUUGCAGUGGCAAGUGGAUGUUGCUUCUUAUUCACAAGACUUGGUGUGGUUCGUGUAAAGGUAAUUCAUUUCGAGCUAAGCGCAUCCACAAUCUGAUCUCAUUUUAUCAUAUCCUUGGAGAGGGAGGAUUAAUGAAACCUCUUAUUUAAAUCUUCGCAGCCCUGAAACCAAAACUUGCUGACUCAAAGGAGUUUGCAGAAAUGAGCAGGCAUUUUGUGAUGGUAAAUACAGAAGACGAAGAAGAGCCGAAGGGAAGCCAGUUUGUGGUUGAUGGCGAGUACAUCCCAAGAGUUCUUUUUCUGAGUAAGUGAUUUCACUGGUGUUAAAAAGUCCACCUGUUUUUCAGCAGUUUUUAGCUUUUCAUGAAAAAGGAAAGGAAGUAACAAUUUGAUAUACAUAUAAUCAGUCAAUCACGCCUUUAGUGUGCGGGAAUAGCUUGACACUGCUUGGUUGUAUUUCCAAUUUAGCCCCUUAACAGCCCAAUUGUUUCUGUUCUUCAGAAUGUGUCUCAUUUCUUAAUUAACGUGAAGUUUAUUGCAUGUCCAUUCACGUAAAACGCGUUAGCUAGUUUAACCAACCAUUCGAAAUAUCAAAAAAUUACGGAAAACCGAUUUAACUCCUUCGUUAUUCUAUAGCGAACACUUAACAGCCAGUAGAAACCUAAAUAAAAGCAGAUUCUGAGCAAACAAAUCAUUCCACAACUAAUAGUUGGAUUCUGGGAAGGCUAGAUCAUGCUUUAAACUUUUUUCCUUUUCUCUAUAAUUUACCUUGCAGAUCCCGAAGGAAAAGUAGUUGAUGAUAUUUGGAAUGAAGGCACUAAACAUCCUCACGUCAAAUAUUACUACAGUGGUCCUCAAGAACGUAUGUUUGUUUUUUUAGCCUGAGUCUCUUCCUCGUUAUGGUUGUAGUUGCUAAUCUUUCUGCUGUCUACACUCUUAACAUAGAGCUACUUCAAGCAAAGGUUUUAGCCUUUUGGAAGCGUUUCACGCUUUAUGGGCAGUUAUGUUUUAGAUUCGAGAAUUCUAAAGAUGACGCGGGUUAACGCACUUGAUCGGCAAAUCAUAACUAAGAACAAGGAGACAAAAGCAGAGACACCUUUUUUCUCUUCGUUGCAGUAAUAAGUGGGAUGAAGAGGGCUCUUAAAAUGAAGGAAACUGGAGGUUUAGGUAAGAAACAAAUUAAUUCUUAUCAUCAAAAUGAUUUGUCCAUAGGAUUAUAUCCAAUGCAUGAAGUUCAUAGCUGUGAUAAGGUUUGAACUUGCACAAGCAAUGACUAUCUCAUGCCAUUUGAUGUUCAGGUAAUAAUUAGUGAGUUCCCCUGGCUUCAGAGUACUUUAAUAUAUGGAAAUAUUGCUAUAUCAUAUUAUCAUAUCCAAGAAAUUUAGUAUGACAAUAUUAUUGUACGCAUGGCAAGCUUAUAAACGAGCUUAUAAACAAUUUAUCAUUUUCAACUUUAACUUGGUAUUUUCUUCUUGUAUACUCUAGAAAAAACAGAAGACAAAAAAGGAGAGGACGUAGAAGAGAAAGACCCAUGGUGGAAACCUAAAGAAAAGUUGUCCAGAGGUACUCAUCUCACGCUUUCCCACUUCUAUUUUUGUGGUAUGGCUUCAAACAGUUCUUUAAUUAAAGUUAUGGCCUAAUUGUUUUUCAUGUUAUCAGGUUUUGGUGAUCAUAUUAAAUGGGUGUCGUACGAGAAGGGUUUAAAGGAAGCAAAGGAAAGGUUUGUGGCUUUUUCCACCGUUGUUCACGUCACUGAAUCGCUUAAUGCCCGAAAGUUUAGUAGAGCAGAAUGACAAUCAGCUUUUGAUAGGAAAGGAAAAGGGGAAAACGAAAGAACAAUGGCGAAACUUAAGAGUUCUAUGGUACAAAACGAACAGAAAUAAAAAGAGAGAAAAUAAACAAAGAACGACGAAAAAAAACUCAAAAUUUACCACAAUUGCCAUGGAAUGCUGUUGAAUAUGUCAAAUUUCUUGUUGAGGCCAGGAUGUAGAGUCAUGUAUCUAUCUUCCCAACAAAUAUAUCUUCAGUUUCCAGAAACUUUCCAGCUUGUCUCCCUUGUGUCGUCGCUUAGGGACGUCGCAUGACGCCACAAAAGAUGGGGCCGAAGGGGGCUACUUCACCGCGGGUUCUAAGAUGAUUGACAGUUAUUCAUCUUUUUGCUUCACAAUGAUAUACUUGUAUUUGUAUAGGAUUUAACUGAAUCAACCUUGUCUUAUCUCUGCAGUAAUAAGUAUAUGCUUCUGAUUAUUCACAAAUCCUGGUGCAGCUCAUGCAAAGGUAUUUUAAUGGUUCCUUUCUGUUUUUAUCUCCGCAAAUAGCUAAAAAAUCAUUCAUACUAUUAUUCAAUAAAAGCUACAUGUUUUUUGGCCUGUUUAUAUUUUUCCUUGUAACUCUCCGAGUCCUGUUUGACGUUGAUUAGUUUACAGGUUUUAUGCAGUAUCUCAGCUUAUAAACCAUAAAUUACAAAACGUAAAAUAUACAGAAAGUUUUUCCCGCAUUUUUAACGAUGAAUUUUAAAAUCUUGCGUUAGGCUUUUGUUUUGAAAAAAUAUAAUUAUUCCAAUCACGAGCGAUGAAUAUGAAAUGGUUAUAACCACGUAAAUUCGAACGCGUUUGGAAAAUUAUUUGAAAAUAUUGUUAUUUCAGCCUUGAAACCGAAGCUGGCAAAGCACAGAGAGUUUGGUGAGCUCAGCAAAAAAUUCGUGAUGGUCAACACCGAUGAUAACGAGGAACCGCAAGGAGAGCAAUUUGAUGUUGACGGGAAAUAUGUGCCGAGGAUUUUCUUCUUAGGUAAUAUCAAUUUACUUAAUUUAGCUUAAAACAUUCAAUUACGGAAGUGGGAGAGGCGGUGGCUCAGUGGUUAAAGCGCUGGACUCUGAGUCGAGAGCGGGCCGGGUCAGCUUGACUUAAUGACUUGUCAGUCAGUGUAUUCUUGGAGGUGGAACAUUUACUUUCACAGUGGCUUUCUCCACCCAGGAGUAUAAAUUGGUAUCAGCGAAUAAGGCAAACUUGAGAAUAGCAAUAUUCCUAGUCUCUUCAUGCUAUUAAACCAGGAUAAUCUCCAGGUGGAUGAACGCUUGGCUCGAGUACAAACUUCACUUUAUUAAGUUUAAAAUAUUCGUAAAAGAGCCAAGCGUGCGUUUGAUAAGAAGGCGAUCAGGGAAGAGGAGACUUCGGGUCGGGUCGUAGUUGUCGGUGGAAGUCACAGAACUGGUGUUUGAGAAAUUGAAACGUUGUCGAUGUUAUCUCCGUGCAAUCAACAACAGCAAUAAUGGAGAAGAUAAUUAUGAUUGCGUCGAAGGUGAAAAAACACUUCGAAUACUAAUAAAUGCGGGGAUCUGAGAUUUUUACCUUAACAGGAAACAAUUCUUUUACUUUCUCACAUCUAAAUCCCUGAGAUUCGGCCUUUGAAAUUUGCGUUUCAUCAGAUCCUAAUGGUAAAGUGCAAAAAGACAUAUGGAACGAGGGAACCAAACAUAAACACGUGAAAUACUACUACCAGGAUGGAGAAGAAUGUAAGUACAAGAUUUAGUUGAGAUUCUUUGUAGGAAAAUCUAUUUGAGCCAAACUGUUUCUUUAUAUUCUCAAUGAUAUAUAAAGAAUGAUCAUUUUCGUUCGUACCGUCUUUCAGUAUUGAUAGCGAUGAAAAAAGCUUUGAAAAUUGAGGAUCAACCAAAGGCAGUAUCUGAUCACGGUAAGUAAGGCUGAAAAAUUGUCGCUGUUACUUCUUUAUGAACAGGAACCAUAUUGCUAAUUGAAAGAUGGAAGAGUCGCUGCUUGCGGCUUUCGGUUGAGAAUCUUAAAAACUUUCGCUAUUGAUGAAAAAAUUUAAGCAAGUUACAUUUGAAUAUCUAUGCAGCCUGAUCACUUCCUCUAUUUCUUUGCUGAAUAACAACACCUGUCACCGUGGCUAAGUGUUCCUUAAGAUCCUGACACUCAGCUAAACUGAACGGUUAGAACAGUGCUUUAACCUCGCCACAAUGUCCUCCGUUUAACCUUUCGUAAACUUAGGAAUAACGAAAAUAGUGUGAUAAGGUCAACAAACAUAUAACGAGUCUAUAAAAACCGAGACAAACUAGCUUGUAAAGGCCAAGAAUCGACCUUCUUCGGAACAGCAUAAACUCAUGACUCGUUAGUGGAACGAGACUCCUGUUCCAAGAGAAACUGUUGGCUAGUGCGCAAGAUCGUUAGAAAGAAAGAGAAGGCGACAGAAUUCACAAUAAAGCAAGUCGUGUUGGCGCAAAUAGCUGAGUCCACUACACUCCUCGAUACGUCACCAUGAAAUCAUCAGCUCCCGUUCAAUGCUGACUCGUUUUGUAAUCUUUUGCAGGAUGGGGCGAAGACAUCACAUGGACGUCGAUUGAAGAGGGUUUCGAAAAAGCAAAAGAAGAGUAAGUGAAAAUGAUUUAUAUUUUAUCCCCCUCCGUUUACCUCUCAAAAGUAUGUGAUACCCCCCCAAAACCUCUAACGCCCACCCUCUUCAGCCUUUUAAUGAAGACUGAUCCCUAAAUACAAAUCAUUUCGUGAAAUCUACAGAAAGAAGCCAUUGAUGUUGAUAAUUCACAAAUCAUGGUGUGGAGCAUGCAAAGGUACGAAGCAUUUGCGACAAAACAGCAGAACGUCUUGUAAUUCUCGUUAAAUCCAAGUAUUGUUAUUCUUUUUCAUCACAUUAAGCUAUAUGAUCAGUUUCUUUCGCAUUCCUUUUUAAAGACGAUUUUUAUUUUUAUUUCAAAGCUUUGAAGAAGAAGUUUGCUAAGUCCAAUGAGGUUGCGGAGUUAAGCAAACAGUUUGUUAUGGUUAACAUUGAAGUAAGUGAUUUGAAUUAAAUCCACUGUGCAUAGGUUGGUUAAUAUUUUCUACAAACAACAACGACGAUAACAACAAAAACAACAACAAUAAUAACAAGAAGAAAUAUUAUUUAAACGAGAAGGAUUGGAAAAACGUUUCUGCCAUGGAAACGCAUGCGAUCAUUUUUUACUUUGACAAAAAUAUUUACCUAAUUCGUUUAUUUGACACUAGGAUGAUAGUGGAAAAACGGCCGACACCUUUGACGUGGAUGGCGCUUAUGCCCCGAGAAUGUACUUCCUGGGUAGGUGAAAAAAAAUUCUCGUCUUAUUUUUUGGCCUGUAUGAAGGCUCUCCUAAGGGCUUCAGAAAUGGCAGUAAAACCUUGGUAAAACAACUGACGCACGCGCUCAUGUUUGACUUUUGAUGUUUUUCAGAUCCUUUCACGCGUGAGAUUAUGAAAGAAUUUCACAACACCGAUAAGUCUUUCAAGGACUACAAAUAUGCUUAUGCAGAACCCAAGGAAAGUAAGACAUUCUUCCGUUAUUUAAUUGAUAAAAUCCCUUUAAAAUGAUAUCUUUACAUGCUCCCCUCUCUUCCGAAACUGACUUAUUUUAAAACCCUCAUUUCGUGAAACAACUUCUUAUUCCACGAAUGAUCACUUUUCAAGCUAGACACGGCUUUCAUCUGAUAAUUUUCAAUUAAAAACACCAAUCAAUUCUUUGCAAGCCAAAACAACUGACUUAUUUCUGUACACACUUACACGACUCAAAGUCAUGUCAUAACUGCUGAUAAUCUCUAACUCGAACGUUACCGCGUGUGUUGGGCAAGAUGCAUGUUUCAGGAGCGAUGUCCGCAGUUAGAAUCAAGAGAUUAUACACAAGCGUAUAUUUUCCAUCUUCUUGCUUCCAUCUUGUAUGAGGAGUACAGGGAAAUUUCUAAUCUUCUGAUCUUUGUUAAGGGAUUUUUGUUUCGAAUUGUAUGCGACACUGACAUUUUCAUGCAAUUUAUGUUCUGUCGUUGCUGAUAUUUAGUCGCUGACAUGAUGAAGAAAGUUCUCGGGAGAGAAAUGAGUGCAGGAAUUGGCCCAGACAGAGGUAAUACACGAAAUUAUUUAACGCCAAUUUUAAUUUUAAUGAGCAAUGACACAAAUCAGGGCUUUAUUUCUCGUCCUUCGCAGCAUGAUCAGGAAAUCGAUAUCCUUAACUUUCCCUACGACCAAGUUUCUGUUCGCCAAACAUUUCUUUGUUACGAGGGAAAUUUUGUUUAGUAUUUUAUACAGCUAAUACAAUAAUAUACCUAAACUGCCUAGCAGACAACACAUCUACGAAAACAUCAAUUUGUUUAUCAUGAAGUUACUCAAGCCAUUAUUAUGCAGCAUGGUCUCUGAGAUUUCCACACCCUAUGCGAAACGCAUUCGAUAUUUUCUGCAAUGACGUUGUUCAACCAAUAUUCCAUUAAGUAUUGUCUUUUUCUAGGAUUUGGUGCUCAUUUAAAGUGGAUGAAGCUUGAUCAUGUUCUAAAAGAAGCUAAAGUAUCGUAAGUUCAGUAAUCUUACAAAUUAGAUUUUCAUCUUAAACCCAAUGUUUUUAACUUAGUUUGAAACCGAGGGACUCUUGGUCGAACAAAGAACAAGAUAGGCAUCUUAUGUCAUCGUAGAUGGAAAUUUUUACAUUUUUAUCCUACGAAAAAAAUAUCUCCGCUUGAAUGGCUAAGCUUCUGUUAUCGAAAGAAAAUUGCUCUAGCGAAUCCAUUUUUUAAACCUUAUAUUCUAUCAAAACCUUCGACAGAUACAUAAUAUAGCGGAUUAUCGUGGAGUGGAGGAUUUUGAUCACAUGGUUUUCAGGGGGAAUGGAGGGACCAGUCGUCACUAACAGAGUAUAAAGUGGAAAAUUGACUGCUAAUUAACUGCCAAUGAAAGGGGGGGGGGAGGGUAGGGGGAUCAAAUUACUCCGGAGCCUCGUAGGGGAUCAAGUAGAUUUUAUCGUGAUAAAACCACACUCCAACACACUCCAACACCUCCCCCCUCAGGCACUAAAUAAUGACUGGUACCUAACAAUCUUUAUUUAUUUACUGCGUCUUUUCUGUUUUCGUUUUCUUUGCCUGCUUCCAUUUUCAGCAAAAAGCCAAUCAUGAUGGUUUUACAUAAAAGCUGGUGUCAGAUUAGUCAAGGUCAGUUCUGUUUGCGAGAGAAACAUUAGGUGUUAAAUUUUGUGGAAUUCUUUUAAGUUCAUUCUUAGAUGCCAUGCAAAUCAUUUAUCUCACGGCUUACCUCUUCUAUGACAUUUAUCCAUUUUCAGAUCUCAAACCAAAAAUUGCUGAAUCCAAGGAAAUCGCUGAGCUAAGCAAAAACUUUUUGUUGGUUAACCUUGAGGUAAAAGUUGUAAUUGAAUAUUAUGGAAUCAAAAAGAUUGAUGUCUAUUUUUAAAGGUUUCACUGUAUGCAUUAUUUUAUUUUCAAGGGCCAACAUGAUGCGAGAGUGGUGCUAUGUAAAGAGCCAUUUUCAGCCACUUUUAGCAUAUGCCACAUAAAUUCCAAAAAAAGGAGUUUAUUUCUUUCAUUAUACCGGAAGAUGGUCGCAAAUUAAACUCUGAUGAUUUUGUCUCAACUCCUGUUCGGAGGUGAAUAGUGCUUGUUAUUCACUUCCGAACUACCCAAUCAGCGGGCGCGAAAGCUCAAUUCACUUGUGUGAUAUAUCCUAUUUACGAUACUGAAUCAUUGAACAUUAUUUUCAGGACGACGAAAUCCCCAAGGAUGGAAAAUAUGACGCUGAUGGAUCUUACGUUCCGAGAAUUGUAUUCUUGGGUAACAAAAAUUUCAAGUUUUUUCUGAUCUAUUCACUAUAUUUACUAUGAUUAAGCUGAUUAAGCUAAAGUUUCCUUGGAAGUUUCACCAUAGAGAGCCAUCGGUGAUUUUGUAGUCACAGGAUGGUAGAUAAAAAAUAUGAGACGCACAAACACUGUCGACUGGGUUGUUAUGAUAACCAUAAAAAAAUAACACGGAAGCGCACUGUCGCUUAGAGUGGGGUUAAAAGGAGGAGGGAUGGGAGUCCUGCGCCUGCGCACGUUUCACGCAUCACAAAAAGUAGAAAUAACGCACCGCGAAAAAUCGAAUAAGAAACUUAAACGUUCACGUAUCGCGAAAAGCCAAAAAAAAAAAAAAAUUCACAGUUCACGGGGUUUUAAUUUCGUAUUUACACAGGGUGCGAAAAUUAGAAACCCUUAAACCUUCAUCACGCAGAAACCCCUUUAGAAGAAAAAGUGGCUUUCGUUUUAGUUUCCUUAUAUGUAUUUCUCUUAGAUGCGUAUUGUAAUGGUGUUGUGAUUAUUAUUGUUGUUGUUUAUGGUGUUUUAUCAAUCUACAUUCCUAAGGCCAUUGGGGAGGAAACAGUUUUUGACCUUUAUAUACGCACCCUUGUGUUGCAAAGUGCUUGUUGGUGUUGUUAUUUAUGUUUUUUUUUGGGUAUUGCCAGAAAGUGUUUGUUCAUUUCUCCUUCAUCCUUUUGCGUAUUUAGUUGAACCCACCAUCACAAAACUUACAAAAACCUCAACUAGUCCGAAAAGCAAUACGGGCAUUGAGUACUACACUUCAUUUUGCCAAAAAUCCUCCUUUUUCUCAAUAACAGUCAUGCAACUAAAUGUUGAAAACUUGAGUGAUGCACUUCAUGAUAGUAUUUAUACGUAUAUAUUUUUAAACUAUCAUUUGUUUGGUCGACCCUACAUUUUCACAGAUUCCGAUGGAAAAUUGAAGAAAGAAAUUGAUAAUGAAGACACUUCUCUUGACAAAACAAAAUACUUUUACAAGACAGCUGAGGAAAGUAAGUAAAUCACUUCCCUUUUCACUUCAGUUCACGUCAGGCUUGAGGCAGUCUUUUUAAAAACUUGGUCUGUUAACGCAUUCUAUUUUAAAUUAAACAUACAGGUAAGCUAAAAAUUACGAAGUCGUCACGGUUGGCUUCAAGUAAAAUUUUCUGUGCGAGUUGAUCUCAAUUUUUUUCUAUCCAUCUGUAUUCACUGUGACCAUUUUUCUUGUUUUAAUUUGUCUGCAGUCAUCAAAUCUAUGAAAAAGCUGAUACCAGAAACAGAAGGUUUGGACAGAGGUAUGGAUACAAAUAUGAUAACAAAAUCCAAUUUUUUUUCGAGUGGAUGAACUUAACAGCAUAUUCCUCCUUUUACUUGUCUCACUUGUAACAGUUUUAUUUGCAUUUAUUGACAGGCUUUGGUAAACAGAUUAAAUGGAUGCCAAUGGAGAAAGGUCUUGAAGAAGCAAAGAAAAGGUAAUAGGCAAAAUGAAGAAGGGCUGAAGCUUUCGUUUGGAUGGAUUCACAUUGAUUUUAGCUUCGCCGAGCUUAAUGUAUAUUUACUUCCAUGUAUAUGGAAUGUAAUAAUGUAUAAUGUAUGUAUAUUAACAUAUAUUAACAUUAUAUACUUAAUGUAUAUUUACUUUCAAUUUUCUUAAAACCUCUGAAUCCUUUUAUGAGUCUUUUGUACAUACAUCGUCGAUAAACCUUGCAAUUCAUGAUUUGAUUCUUUUACCAGUGAGAAACCAGUGAUGCUUAUCAUACACAAGUCGUGGUGCGGCGCGUGUAAAGGUAGAACAAGCACUAUCUUUUACAUUUCUCUUCUUAAUUACCUUCUUACUAAUACGUAGCGAUGCCCGAGGAGGGAGCCAACGUUUCGAUAGGAAUUAUGUUACAUAGCGGAGUCUACCUGAAAAGAUCGAGCUAAAAAUAGAUUUUAAGCUUAAAAGCUAGAGUCUGCGUUAUAGUGUUUAGACACCUGACACAUCAUUGAUUAUUGCUUUUCUAUACAAACAGGGGCGAUUACAUGUCAUUAAAGCGCUUUCGCCUAAUGCGCCAUUGUGUAAUAGGUGUACUGUAUCCGAACUGGUUAUGAGCCAGUCAAAGCCUUACUUGUUCUCUUAUCUCUUACCCUCCUUAGGAAUAAUAAUUUUAAUGCUUUUAUUUCAGCUUUGAAACCAUUCAUAGCGGAAUCUAAACUAAUUGCUGAACUCAGCAAGAAAUUCGUCAUGAUCAACGUGGAGGUAGGGCAUUCAUUUGUUAGCUAUGAACAUAAACACAAAUUUUGUUGGUAUGUCGAGUUCCUUUUGAGAACCAACGAACAUAGGAACUUAAGGAAAUUAAAAUGUUAGAUUUUAUCCCCCACUGUCCACUGCUUUGAAUACGACCAUCUUUUUCUGUUGCACUUUUUGUAGGACGACGAAGAACCCAAGGAUGACCAGUUUGAUGUGGAUGGCAAAUACUUCCCUCGAAUCUUUUUCCUGGGUAAGUCCUUCCGAGAGAGUGUUAAUUACUUUGUUUACAUGACAAGGUAUAUAAAACGCUUUUAAGUGAGUGUCGUUAAACCAAAACCAAAGUUAUCGCAACGGCCAAUGAAAAGAAAGGAAAUACCUUUAGGAACCAAUGAGAACUCAAAACCACCUCAAGCGCGGAAAAACGCGGGCGCCCAAGUCGUGUUUAUUUUCAGUUUUGCAUCUGAUUGGCUGAAAAUGUGGCACGAGUUUUCUGAACCAGUCACAUAGUAAAGUAAAGCAAAACGAAAGCAGUCCCGGAUUACUUUUGGCGCUCAAUUGAAAAUUGCCCUUAGUGCAAUGAUGAAAAUAUGAGAUUCAUAAGAGAAGGCUUCAUAUUCUAAAGUCGUUGUUUAUGUUUGUUUACACAGAUAACGAGGGUAAAGUCCAAAGAGAUCUUCACAAUAUGGACCUCGAGUUCAUAAAGUUCAAGUAUUUUUACAACGAUGACGAGGAAUGUAAGUAUCGGUCACAAUAUAAUCAUCGUGUGCUAUACGAUUUAGGGCGUCAUUUUUCAAAUGAAUUCUGAUGUCAGUCGUUGCAGUUUAAAGCAUAUACGUGCAAAAUUUUCUUCAGCUUGUAGAUAACAGCAAAAAUUUAUUCGGCAAGAUGACAAAAAAAAAAAACAAUAACAAAAACAAAAACACACACAAAAAAAGGGAUUGGCUAAGGAUAUAGAAGAUCAUUAUUCAUUUGGAUUGCUGAUCACGAACUUGGAUUGAAUUAAAGGAAAAUUUUUUAUAAUACAUACAUUUCUACGAAGAUCCAUUGAGACAAUUUGCGUUCAGAUCCAAAGCAUAGUAUUUUUUUGUUUCUAAUAUAGAUAAAAAGCAUACGUUUAAUAUUAACAAACAUUUUGACCGACUAUUCAAUUUUCUUCUGAAGUGGUAAAUACAAUGAAAACCGCUUUAAAGAAACUUAUCAAGCCGCCGCCUUCGUUGGAUAGAGGUAAGAUAAUGCUCUUUCUGUUCUCCAUUAGAAAUCUUUCUUUCAUCCUUUCCAAUAUCUUCUCCGUAAGUGCCUUUAUUUAUAUCAAGUUUUUAGCAAAGUCAUUUCUUGUGAAAUUUAAAAAAAACGAUCUCUGGCUAAAACUUUUAAAAAUACGAGCUUUCGGCUGUUUGCGCUACAGAAGGCUGUAGCGCAAACAGCCGAAAGCUCGUAUUUUUAAAAGUUUUAGCCAGAGAUCGGCUUUUUUUUAAAAUUUCACAAGAUGUUUUAUCCUGGCUGCGGCCCCUCUAUCUUUUCAAAGUUAUUUCUGUUUGCAAUGAUUGUCCAGGAGAAACCGGAAUAAAUUCAAAAUAUCUUCAUGAAAUCUAUCAAAAAAGCACCAUGAUGGGAUCAAAACUAUUCUUGAUCAUAAGGGUUCGGUUGUUAUUUGUCGCGGGGGGGGGAGGGAGUCAUAAGGUUUUAGGCGUGUCAGGAUAUAAUCUGAUCCCCUCGUUAAGCUCUGUAUUUAAUAUUGUUACUUUCCCUCCUUUGGCAGUUUACUGGCAUUAGUAAAUUUUCUAUAGUCUCCUUCCCCCUUUUACUCUGUUGGUGAGGACUGAUUCUCCGUCCGUUCCUUGCUGAAAGUUGUUUGAUCCCCUUAAAAUCCUCCGAUCCUCCCCCCAUCCCACCCCCACCGGUGCUAAAUUGUUAUUUGUCUCUAAGUAAUGAUAUUCUGCCACGAUGUAGGUUGACUCUCGCUCUUCAGAGAAUGUUGACUAUGGCUGCAAAAUUCUUAAUGCAAUAUGAUUAAUUGGUGAUUUUAUUCUUAGGUUUAGGAAAAGAAAUUAAUUGGAUGAAGUUAGAAGAUGCCUAUGUUAAAGCAAAAAAGAGGUGAAUAACUUUGUAACAGUUUUGUUAGUUUUACUACGAAAUCAUUCAAUCUUCACACCGAUUCUUCAAAGGAAAAAAUAGAAAUAAUACAUUAUAAAGCGUGUUCGAUUUAUAAUUUUCCCGCUGCGUUUAAAAGUGCAAUCGUUACUUUUUCAGAAUGAUCUCUAGGUUCGAAAUCGACAAAUCAGGGGUGAUUUAAAUUUAGCUGAAGAGGAAAUUCGUAAGAAAUAAGGGCUUAGUGAGUAAUACAAUCUCUAACUAUCAUCUCUUUUUCACUGUUAAUGAUGAUCAAAAUAUGUUUUUUUUUUUUAAAAGCUGGAAGCCAAUUCUGAUGUUUCUUCAUAAAAGCUGGUGCAGUGCCUGUCAGGGUAUGUGAUGGAGACUUAUAUGUACUUAAUUCAUUUAAAAAAAUCAACUCAUUCAGUUUGCCAAUCUUGGCCAUGUUUCAGGUUUGUAACAACAUUAUGACGAUUGAAUAGCAGAAAUUUGUACUUGCCUAUCAGAACUGAUAAAUAAAAUAAAUUAUUGCGAGCGAUAAACAUAUUUUAUGCGAGCUGCCUCACAUUAAAAUUCUGUUGGAAGCAUAAAUUCACUGUUUAUUGAAUGCCAAAACUGGUUGAAUUUUACUUACUCUUUGAAUUCUCAUAUCGAUCGUUUUUCAGCUUUUAAACCAAAAUUUGCUGCAUCUCAGAAGAUAAAAGACCUGAGCUCAGAACUUGUCAUGGUCAACGUAGAGGUAAAUCAACAUUAAUUUCCUAUUUCAAAGAGCUUCUACCCCUAGCUUUGAGUAAUUCCCGGCGUCAUCGGAAAUUGCCAUGAAAAUUGAACACUGAGGACAUAAAAUCAUUUCUGUAUUGACAUUUAACUGUAAUUCCUGUAGUUUGGAACAAUCUCAAGUUGAGUGUCGCGGUAACCCGAGUUUUCUUUGGCUUCCCUUUAUUUCGUUCUGUAAUUGGUCCAGAAAAACUCACCAAGGUCCAAGGUCCACUGAGGAAUUCAAUGUUAUUUUUAUCUAUUUUUUCAGGACGAAUUUGAUAACAACCAAAAGAAGUUUGAUAUUGACGGAGCAUACUUUCCAAGGAUCUUAUUCAUGGGUUUGUACUAGUUUUAUCCCGCUUCAAAGAAUAUAAGAAACAGUUUCUUUGAUUUUUUUUUAAAUUUUUGCCCUGCAGUCUUCUCCCUAAACCUUUUCUUACCAUAACCAGAUUAUGAGAGAACCUCGGUGAUGCCGCAUUUAAAUGUUAAUCUCAGAGAAAUUCUAAAAACAUGAAUUCUAAACUGUAUUUAGUGUAAUUCACUUUCUCGGUUAAAGAUCAUUGUUAGGUAAGUAUUUAUUUUAUCUAAAAAUACAUUGAAUCACUUUCACUCUCAGAAAGCAAUGACAUGAACUUCGAAAACUAAAGGAAUACCUAGCUAGUCACUCGCGCUUUCCCGCGCUUCCAACAUUUUGCUCGUUUUUAGGUUUAUGACAUUUUUUUUGCUAUGAUCGACUUUUGGUUUGGUUUAGCAACACUCGGUCGAAAUACGCUGUAAUGUCUCUGAUACAUUAUUUUGCAAACUGGCCUCUAAAACAGCCAAGCUGAUCAGCCAAAGGCCGUUGGCCUGGCGAAAAAGCAAAUUCUUUAGUCUAAUUCACAAUCUUAUGGAUCUCUGAGGGGGUAUUACUGAACGAAAGGUUAAUUAACACUGUAUUUAAAUUUGAUUAGAUCCUUUGGGUAAUGUUAUGGAGAAAAUAGUCAACGCUGGUACUAUAUACAAAGAAAGCAAAUAUUAUUACUGGGAACCACAUUCAGGUAAAGAUGUUAUUACUUAAAAAUGAAGGGGAAUAACCAAAGAAUAACUGUGGUGCUAUGUCGUCGGUGGGGGAGGGGAAGGGGGGAGGGGGAGGGAGGGGAGGGGAGGGGUAGCAAGAUAAUUUGGUUUUAUCAACUGAUUUGAUGACGUAAAUUGGCCACCGUGAAGAGUUUUAAGCUCACGUUUAGGGCGUUAGCCCUUUGUCUGAGCGAAUAGAAAAAUUGUGGGUUGUGUGUGUUUUAUAUGCAGAAAAUGGAGCUGCAACUUUGGUGGGAACAUUGUAACUUAAAAAUAAGUUGAGUCGAUACCGAAAAAUUUGAUAAUUUCUAGAGGCUGCGUAUUGUAUGUCAUGUCUUCGAAAACUGGCGCGCACAAACCCUUUUUUAUACGAUUUUGGCUGUGAAUUGCAUGUAUAUAAAACCUUUUUUACGUUAAAAACGCGAAGCAGUUGUCAGGAAGUUUAUGAAGAAUACAAAAUUAAAACUCGAACGAUUUCAUUCAAAGAUGUGUUAAUUUUAAGAAUUGUUGUUUGAAACGCCAACAAAUCAAACUUCAAGAUAAGUUUCAAGAAAAUGGACAAAACUAAUUUUCUCUGUUCAUAUUUAAUUUUCAGUCGUUAGAUCCAUGGAAAAAGCUGUAGACAAAGUCAAAACCAUGACAAGACCUAAAGAUGAAUUAUGAGGAGAAAGUACUUCGUAUAGAUAACUCGAAUAACAUUUCCUAGGUCUUUUAGACGUUUGCCAAACUCUAAAGUGAUUUUUGCA